UAGUGUGAGAGAGACAAAGUGCGUCCCUCCCGGGUGACUCUGCACCGCCGCUUCUGACCGCUGACACCCGGAGGAGUGCGGGGAGCCGCCGAGGAGGAGCCGCCAGACCGGGAGACGCCGCGUCCCGCACGCUCAGACUCCAGCAGCCUGCUUCACAUCCUCACACACUUCUACCUCACACCGCGCCAACAUGGCUCCCACCCUGGCCACGGCCUUCUCCCGCCGCUGGUGGAUGGCGGUGACGGCGGUCAUCGAGAACCUGCUCUUCUCCGCCGUGCUGCUGGGCUGGUCGUCCCUGCUCAUCAUGCUCAAGUCCGAGGGCUUCUACUCGAACCUGUGCAAAAGACUAGAUAACAGCUCAAUGGGCCUCAACGUCUCCAAUCUGUCCACGUCCGGCGAGGCCGAGGAGUAUCUGAUGAUGAAGGACUGGCCCAUCUGCAAGGAACAGGACGAGAUGCUGAAUCUGGCCUUCACCGUGGGCUCCUUCCUGCUGUCGGCCAUCACUCUGCCGCUGGGCAUCGUCAUGGACAAAUACGGACCAAGGAAGCUGCGUCUGCUCGGGAGCGGCUGCUUCGCCUUCUCCUGCCUCCUGAUCGCGUAUGGAGCCAACGACCCGGACCAACUGUCCAUUCUGAUCUUCUUUGCGUUGGCGAUGAAUGGGUUCGGAGGCAUGUGCAUGACCUUCACCUCUCUGACGCUGCCCAACAUGUUUGGAGACCUGAGGUCCACGUUCAUCGCCCUGAUGAUCGGGUCCUACGCCUCGUCUGCCGUCACCUUCCCCGCCAUCAAGGUGAUCUACGAUCUGGGCGCUACCUUCAUCUCCAUCCUGCUGGUCUGGGCCGGCUGUGCCUGCCUCGUGUUCUUCAAUUGCUUCAUCAACUGGCCCCUGGAGCCUUUCCCCGGCCCAGAGGACAUGGACUUCACGGUGAAGAUCAAGUUCAGCUGGCUGGGCUUCGACCACAAGAUCACCGGGAAGCAGUUUUACCGGCAGGUGACCACGGUGGGCCGCCGGCUCAGCGUGGGACAUGCCAUCAAGCAGCAGCAGCCGACCCAGGAUCUGAACACGCAGGACGCCAACAAGCUGUGCCUGUCCACCGUCAACCUGGAGGUCAAUUGCAAGUCCGAAGAGGAGAAUCAGUCCUUCAUGAAGAGCAUCUUCAGCCCGAUCUUCAUGCUGAGCCUCAUCACCAUGUGCGUGACUCAGCUGCGCCUCAUCUUCUACAUGGGAGCCAUGAACACCAUCCUGGAGUCUCUCACUGAAGGAGACCUCAGCACAGUGGAGAGGAUGCAUGUUGUGAGCGUGUACACCUCCAUCUUCGGCGUUCUGCAGCUGCUGUGCCUGGUCACCUCUCCUGUGAUCGGCUACGUCAUGGACUGGAAGCUCAAAGACUGCGAGGAUGAGAACGACAAGAGCAUCAAGAUUGAACCCGGGCAGCCUCGCCGCCAGAGCAAACGCAUCCAGAAGAUCAUCAACGCCACCAGAGCCUUCAUCUUCACCAACCUGCUCCUGGUGGGCUUCGGGGUCACGUGCAUCGUCCCCAACCUACCACUCCAGAUUCUGUCCUUCGUCUUGCACACGAUUGUCAGAGGAUUCAUCCACUCUGCAGUCGGAGGCCUUUAUGCUGCAGUGUACCCGUCCUCUCAGUUCGGCAGCCUGACGGGCAUGCAGUCCCUGAUCAGCGCCCUGUUCGCCCUGCUGCAGCAGCCUCUCUUCAUGGCCAUGGUCGGACCCCUGGAUGGAGACCCUCUCUGGGUGAACGUGGGUCUGCUGGUGCUGAGCAUGCUGGGAUUCUGCCUGCCGCUCUACCUGCUGUGCCACAGCCGCCACCUGCAGCGCCUCCGGGCCGAGCGCGACGACGACCCCAAGAUCUUCGUCAAGAUGGGCGAGGACGGCACGCCCAAGACCUGCGUGUAGAGCAUCUGGCAGAUGCUCUGGAGG